CUGCAGAGUUACCGUGAUGCUCGUACUCGGCAAGCACCGCACCACUGAGCUACACCCAGACCUAACUCGCUUUUGAGACAGGUUCUUACUGAGUUGCCCAGGCUAGACUUGAACUUUCUUUCUUGCUUUCAUGGGGCUGAAGAGAUGGUUCCGUACUUAUGAGCACUGUCUCCUCUUCCUGAGGCCCCUGAUUUAAUUAUCAGCACUAAUGUGGCAGCUCACAACAGGAUCAGAUAACCUGUUCUGGCCACUUCCAGUACUAGGCAUGCAUGUGGUGCACAAUCAUACAUUCAGGCAAAACAUCUAAACACAUUAAAAACAAAUUAUUUGUGUGUGUGUGUUGCAUGUGGGUACAUGUGCCAAGGUGGUGUGUGGAGGUCAGAAGACAUCUCUCUGGAGUGAUUAUCCCCUCCCACAAGUGGGUUCCUGUGAUCUAACUCAGGUGACCAGGCAGCAAGCACUUGUAGCCACUGAGCCCUCUCACGUGACCUUUUUAUCUUGCUGCUUCAGCCUCUCCAAUAGGUGGGACUACAGACCUGCACCACAAAGGAGGCUUGGCUAAUACUUGCUUGUCAGUCUAGCCUGCCUCAUAAGUAACUUACAUGGGUGAUCUAUGUUUAAGGGAAAGGAAGACAAUCUGUCUUACUUAAAAUUAAGAGGACAGGGAAUGGAGAUGUGUGUCAGUGAGAAUGUUUGACUAUCAUGAAUGAGGCCUCGGUUCACACAGUUCUGCAACACACACACACACAAACGUGCACCCACGAAUAUUGACUCAGUGUUUACAAGUACUGGCUGCUCUUCCAGAGGAUCCAGGUUCUAUUCCCAGCAUCCACGUGGCAGCUCACAACAUCUGUAACUCUCCUCCUAGGUGAUCCAAUGCUCUCUUAUGGUCCCCAAGGGCAUAGUGUAGCCAUGUGGCACAUAGACAUACAUGCAGGCAAAAUACAUGUAAGUAAAAUUAAUAAAAAGAAUUUUUAAACAUAAAUAAAUGGAGUGGGGCGACGGUGGCACAUGCCUUUAAUCAUAGCAUUUGGGAAGCAGAGCCAGGUGGAUCUCUGUGAGUUCGAGGCCAGCCUGGUCUACAGAGCAAGUUCCAGGACAGGCUCCAAAAGCUACACAGAGAAACCCUGACUCAAAAAACCAAAUAAAUAAAUAAAUGGAGAACCAGGGGUUUCUUAUCUACAGAGUGUAACACAAGCCUGUGUUCAAUUCCCAGCACCACACAGGAGACCAUCCUUCCUCCUUUCCUUUCCAACAGGUAUGUGUAAAUUCGGGAGAGGUUUCCUCCUCUGUUCACAGCAGUUACCACUGCCUAUCAGAAAUCAUCUUGCUAUAUUUUUUUUGAGACAGUAUUUUUACAUGGCUGUCCUGGAACUCGCUCUGUAGACCAGGCUGGCCUUGAACUCAGAGAUCUACUUGCCUCUGCCUCCCAAGUACUGGGAUUAAUGGUGUGCACCACCACCACCUCUCGGCCAAUCUUGCUGUGUUUUCAAUUGAUGUGCUGCAAAAUUUGUCUUGUUCCUAGUCUGAAUGAAUUCAAUUUGAAGUGGUUUUGAAGUAAACUCACUCCUAUCCACUACACCUGGGAGGGGCACGAAACCACAUGCCAAGAAUAAUUCCUGAGGUCACAAGACUUGUUUUCUUGGAGUGUUCUCACAAGCACUCAGGAUUCUCAUUCGGCUCCAUUCCUGGACUUGGUUCCAACACUCUUGAUUAAUUGGGUGGGCUUAGAAAAUCCCACACAUGUGGAGACAAGAAAUGUAAUUGCUUCUUAAUUCUCAUUCAGGUGGUGUUUUUUGUUGUUAUUGUAUUUGGUCCCCCCACCCCAUUGGCUGGGGUUAGACUUUGCAAUCUUACUCAAAUUGGCUAGACUGAAAAGAAGAAAUAGAGGAAGGUGAAGGGUUAUUGUUCCAGGUCAUCAAAUUCCUGAAGAAAGCAGUGAGCCUUUGCGUAAACCAAAGUUUUACUAGGAAGGGAGAAUUAAAACACUUGGAUAGGCCAGGUGUAGUGGAGCACACGCUUUUGAUUCCAGGGUUUGGGAGGCAGAGGCAGGCUGAUCUCCGUGUGAAUUCGAGGUCAGCCUGGUCUACAUGAGCAUCAGGACCCAGAGCUACAUAAUGCAACCGUGUUUCGAGGGAAAAAAAAAAAGCAUGGUGGUGGAAACAAAACUACAAACAAAAACGCUCUACAAAAGUACAGAGUGGGCAGGAUUUUUGCUUAUCUGUUUUGUUCUUCCAGAUAGGGUUUCUCUGUGUAACCCUGGCUGUCCUGGGACUUGCUCGAACCGGGCUGGCUUCGAAUUCAGAAAUCCGCCUGCCUUUGCCUCCCGAGUGCUGGGAUUAAAGGCGUGCUCCACCACCGCCUUACAUGGGUGGAAUUUUGUUUUGUUUGUUUUUUGGUUUUUUGAGACAGGGUUUCUCUGUGUAGCUUUGGAGCCUGUCCUGGAUCUUGCUCUCUAGACCAGGCUGGCCUCGAACUCACAGAGAUCGCCCUGGCUCUGCCUCCCAAUGGGAUUAAAGGCGUGCACCACCACCUUUUUUUAAAGGUUUUAAUUCCCUAUCUUAAUAAAUACAAAUUUUAUAGUACUUAUAGAAAAGACACAUAUUUAGUAUUUCUAACAGCGAGGUCCCUGAAGUUGAUGGACAUUCAUUUGUAUGUGCACUGACACACCCACCGCCCUGCCUGCUGACCUCUGCAAACCUCGCUUACCAAACAAAUCAUCCCAGAGACCCUUUGGUCCCGCCCCCACCAUCCUACUGGCCGAGCACCCCCAGGGCGCUACCCUAUUGGGUAUGCCGUUGUCGACAGAAAGAUCAACCAACCGGGAUCAGGCGAAGUCUGCUAGUCCCGGACCAGGCGCGUUCUACAAACGGCCUGAGCGCCGCUGUUCCAGCGGAUUUUGCUUGUAGGUGAGUCGCCCGUGUCCUGGGCGGGGUGGGGCAUUCUGGGCGAUUGGAGAGGCCGCAGCCGGAGCGUUGCUCGCCCACUCCUUUCCAGGGGCCCCUGGACCCAAGAAGCCAGCCGGACUUCAGCUUGCGGUCACCUCUUCUCCAGAGUUUAGCCGAGACCGGGACCGCCCUCGGGGACAGCCUCGCCCACAACCACUGGCCAGAUGGAGCCCAGCACCUCAACUAGGAGGCUUUUCACCAUCGAUGACUUUGAAAUCGGGCGUCCUCUGGGCAAGGGGAAAUUUGGCAACGUGUACCUGGCUCGGCUCAAGGAAAACCAUUUCAUUGUGGCCCUGAAGGUCCUCUUCAAGUCCCAGAUAGAGAAGGAGGGAUUGGAACACCAGCUUCGAAGGGAAGUGGAGAUCCAGGCACACCUACAACAUCCGAAUAUCCUACGCCUGUACAACUACUUCCACGAUGCUCGCCGGGUGUACUUAAUUCUGGAAUAUGCUCCAGGGGGCGAGCUCUAUAAGGAGCUUCAGAGGAACCGGACGUUCGAUGAGCAGCGUACAGCCACGAUAAUAGAGGAGUUGGCAGAUGCCCUGACCUACUGUCAUGAGAAGAAGGUGAUUCACAGGGACAUCAAGCCGGAGAAUCUCCUCCUGGGGUUCAGGGGUGAGGUGAAGAUCGCGGACUUUGGUUGGUCUGUGCAUACCCCUUCUCUCAGGAGAAAGACAAUGUGCGGGACUCUGGACUACUUGCCCCCAGAAAUGAUUGAAGGGAGAACGUAUAAUGAGAAGGUGGAUCUGUGGUGUAUUGGGGUGCUCUGCUAUGAGCUGCUGGUGGGAAAUCCACCCUUCGAGAGUAGCACUCACAGCGAGACAUACAAACGCAUCCUCAAGGUGGAUUUGAGGUUUCCUCAUUCAGUGCCUGUGGGGGCCCAAGACUUGAUCUCCAAGCUUCUUAGGUACCAUCCCUCAGAUCGGCUGGACCUGGCCCAGAUCCUGAAGCACCCUUGGGUCCUGGCCCACUCUCGUAGGAUCCUGCCUCCUGGUAGUCAGCCUGCUUCCUGAGCCCUGCCCCUUUGUGUUUAUUCAGGGAGCUUUCCAGGCUCUGUUACCUCAUCUGUUUUGCUUGUUUUCUCUUUUAAGAUGCGAAUUAAACCUGAUUUAACAUC